AUGGAUAAUCAAACAUAUGUGUCUGAGUUUCUUCUUAUGGAAUUCUCAAAACUUCAAGAAUUGCAGUUCCUGCACUUCAUCUUAUUCCUGGUAUUAUAUUUAGUGACAGUAACAGGGAAUCUUCUCAUCAUCUCUGCUGUAGCUUUUGACCACCGUCUGCACACCCCCAUGUACUUUUUUCUGAUGAACUUGGCCCUGCAAGACCUUGGCACUGUUUCAGCCAUUACACCCAAAGCCAUGUCCAAUUUGCUCAUGAAUGCAAGACACAUUUCUUAUUCCGGGUGUGUGGCUCAGGUUUUCUUCUUUGUAUUCUUUGUAGGAUCUGAUUUCUUUCUUCUCACAAUCAUGGCAUAUGAUCGGUAUGUUGCUAUCUGUAAUCCAUUGCAAUAUGAAAUGGUAAUCAACAGACAAGCCUGCACACAAAUGAUUACUGGUGUUUGGAUCACUGGUCUUUUCUAUGGUGCUUUGCACACUGGAGGCACUUUUGCAGUACCUUUUUGCUCCAAUAUUAUCAAUCAGUUGUACUGUGAAAUUCCACAGUUACUAAAGCUCACAUGCUCUGAAUCAUACCAAGCUGAAUUUGCCAUUCUUGCAUUCUGUGCCAUUAUAGAAUUAGGCUGUUUUGUCUUCAUCGUUGUAACAUAUGUCUUGAUCUUCAUUACAGUGCUGAGAAUUCCCUCUGUCCAGGGAAGGCAAAAGGCCUUCUCCACUUGCAUCCCUCACCUCACAGUGUUUUCUCUAUUUAUAUUCACUGGUUGGUUUGCCUACCUGAGACCACCCUCUGACAAUCCAUCUGAGCUGGAUUUGGCAUUAACUGUUGUAUAUACCUUUGUUCCACCCAUGCUGAAUCCAGUUAUUUAUAGCAUGAGAAACAAAGAAAUCAAAGGUGCCCUUGCUAAAAUAUUCAUUUCAUUGUGGUCUUCUAUGGAAACCUAUUUUCUUUUUUAA